AUGCCACCCAAUAAGAAGGUGAACACACUCUUUCAGGAUUCGAACAAGCUCACGUACGCCGUGGAGUUCAUGAACACCACCGGAAAUGGCGUCAUCACGUACCGCUGCAUGUUCUGUGAGUACGUCGGCCGGGACGCAGCCGAGGUCGGGCCGAACACCAAACGCAAGCGGAAAGCGCGAUCGGGCACUCACUACUACACCGCGCCGUUCACCGCGGCGAAAUACAAGAUCCAACUUUCGGGUCAGCAUGAUUCAUCCUGGACCGAGUACCAAACGGCGUCGAUUGAGGCCAAGAAGAAAUGCUUUGAUGGCCAAAUCAAAGUGAGCAACACGCUUCACCGGUAUAUAGACCUGUCCACCGACAAGAUGACGUUCUAUGUUAAAGCCACCAUUGUGGACGUGAUCAUCGGGGGGAGAUGUUCUUCCGCAACGACGCCAUCAUCAACCAGCACAACAGCGACAGCAUGGACGAGAACGCUGCAACCAAUAAGGCAGCCAAGAUCGCAGAAACUCAACACGAUGAAGCUCUUCAACGUGAUGCGCUUCGAGUUGGCCAUGGACUUUUUCGGGAUCGGUAUGUCGUUCCGCCAAGUCGCGAGCGCCAUCCAGCACGCCAAGAUUCGCACUCACACUGCCAAGCUGACAGGCGCCAAUCACCUCAUUGUCGGACAGUACGUCCGAGUCCUCGUCGGCAGCAGCCUGCAACACAUCUCUGACGUACUCGACCACGAGUCGGUUUGGGCGAUGUCGCUGGCCGGCGACUCCAGCACGCAUCGCGGUCAGUCGUUCUUCGAUCUGCGCGUGCGAGUCUGCUUUGGUCACAAGCUGUACAACCUCCACCUCGUCGCCAUUCCGAUGUUCGACCGCCACACGGCCGAGAUAAUCUUCAACAUGCUCGUCAAGUUUCAUGAUGCGUUGUACCCGCCGUGGCGCACCAAGCUCAUCGGCAUGUCGUCCAACGGCGAGAACACGAUGACGGGCCGUCACCGCGGCCUCGUCACACGCAUCGUAGCGACCGCCGAGAACCCAGUGCUCCGGAUUUGGUGCGCACCGCACCAAAUCGACCUGAUCGUCAAGCAAGCCGCCGAUCAGCAGGCCAACCUAAUCACGCGCAUGAACGUCAAGUGCCCCCAGCAGACAAACCGGUGGUCGCACCUCGGCCGCCUGCUCACAUUCCUGAAGAGCCAUCGCCGGCAGCUGAUGGAAUACUGCGUCGAGAACCGUCCAGACAACGCGCCGACCUACGAGUGGUGGCUCAUGACGUUCAGCAUUGCCCUGAUCAUCGAUGCCAUCAAAGUCACGAUCACCAUUCUGCAGAGCGGGUCGCUGCUCAACGCUAUUCUACUCAUAGUGUCAGUAGAAUAA